GGAUAAGGUUGUUAUAGUUUUUUAUUAAGCAGUUCUGUUGAGGGAAAUUAAAAAGAGAAGAAUCAUGGAAAUUACAUGUAAACAUUCCUCUCCAGGACCCUAAGUGCAUUAUAGUCAGUCCAGAGACAUUUCUGUACUGCUGCCCUCAUGUCAUGAAAGUGUAUAUGUCCUUGUGCCUGGAAGCAAAUUGAAAAUUUAGUUCCUUUUUGCUAAUUCCAUUUCUUGCUGUGUUAUGCCUAUCAGGACUUCUUACCAGCAGUAGCAGCCUUUUGUUGUGUAGACUGAGGUUGCCAUAGUCAUCAGUGUGGUUAGGUAACAUUAUUUUGAUAGCACAUUCUUUUGGUUUUUUCCUGUAUUUUCUCUUUCUUCUAGAAUGAUGUGUGAUGCUGCUGCCAGCACAGUCAUCAUAAAUCAGUAGGCCUUAAAAAUCCCAUGUCAAAUAUUUCACUUACAUUUUUUCAUGACAACACUGCUCAUACCUCAUUCACAGGUCAACAGUAUUUCAGGAACAAGCACAUGAUCUGCAUGACUUUUGGCAAAAACAAGCAAAUUAAACACAAUCAAAGUACUUUGUAGAGAAUCUGCCUGCUUGGCCUCUGCCUCAAAACACCAGGGAGCUGAUGAAGCAGUGCUGCUCACAGUCUACUAGCAGACAUAGAUCUUUAACAUUUGGAGUGAAAUACACUUCAUGUAUAGGCUAUUCUGUAAAUAACUUGCAGUUUUCCUAGCAAUCUAGCCUUACAUGGUAUGGGAUCCUGUAACAACAGUUGAGGACUUUUAUUGAGGGAUUGACAGCAGCUUACUUUGUGGUAAUUGAACAUGGGUGUUUGAGACCUCAUUUCUGGCAUGACAAAAUGGAUGGAUGUGUCCUGUGAGCUGCUGGUCUUCUCUUCACUGCUGUAGGUGAAUUUUUUGAAGUGUGAUAGCUUUGUUUAGGAAUGUUAAAAAUUCUUUAAUAGCGUGUUUACAAUUUUUUUGGAAAUAACUUGUAUUUCUGAAACUAAUACCUUAAGUAAAGCUUCAUACUCAAGGGUCUUACAGAGUUUCUGUCUGAAUCAGGUACAUCUUUUUUUUGUCAUGUUAUGUGAAGUGUUGUUGUUUGGUGGGUGGGGUUUUCUGCUGGUUUUGACUGAGAUAGAGUUAACUUUCUUCACAGCAGUUUGCAUGGGACAGUGUUUUGGUUUUCUUCUGAAAGCAGUGUUGAUAAUGAAGAGAGCUUAGCUAUUGCCAAGCAACACUUGCACAGAGCCAAAGCCUUUUCUGCUCCUCUCCCCACCACACCAGUGAGGAGGCUGGGAGGGGACACAGCCAGGACAGCUGGCCCCAGCUGACCACAGGGAUAUUCCAGACCGUGUUGCAUCAUGCUCAGCCUGCAAAACGGGGUGUAGAUGAAUGAAGGAUGGACAUUUGCAGCUAUGGCAUUUGUCUGCCCAAGUAGACAAGCUUGUGAUGGAGCUGGAACAGAGCCGUAACCUCAGCAGUACAAUUGUACACAUUGACAUGGAUGCUUUCUAUGCAGCUGUGGAAAUGAGAGACAAUCCAGAGCUGAAGGAAAAACCUAUAGCAGUGGGAUCAAUGAGUAUGUUGUCCACAUCAAAUUACCAUGCCAGGAGAUUCGGAGUGCGUGCAGCCAUGCCUGGAUUUAUUGCUAAAAGGCUAUGUCCCCAUCUAACUAUAGUACCACUAAACUUUAAAAAAUACGGAAAAGUGAGUAAAGAGGUAAGAGAAAUACUGGCUGAAUAUGAUCCCAAUUUUAUGCCUAUGGGCCUAGAUGAAGCCUACCUGAACAUAACAGAGCACUUGGAGGAAAGGCUGAACUGGCCUGAAGAGAGGAGAAGGUUCUUCUUUAAUACAGAAAGCACUACAGGAAUAGAUAAAGAUGGUGUGAAUAUGUCUGCCAAAUUUAACAAAGAUGAAGUCUCUUCUUCACCAGUGCUGUUUGAAGACAACACACCUCCCAUGGACGAUGACCUUCAACAAAGAGGUCUAUCAGUGGAAAACUCAGUUGUCUUUGGAACUUCCGCAGAGGAAGUUGUGAAGGAAAUUCGCUUUAGGAUUGAGCAGAAAACUCGACUGACUGCUAGUGCAGGAAUAGCACCAAAUACAAUGUUAGCAAAAAUGUGUAGUGAUCGCAAUAAACCUAACGGCCAAUACAGAAUUCCUCCUGAGAGAGCAGCAGUGCUAGACUUCCUGAAAGAUUUACCCAUUAGAAAGGUGCCAGGUAUUGGAAAAGUAACAGAGAAGAUGUUAAAAGCCCUUGGAAUUGUGACUUGCUCAGAACUGUACCAGCAGAGGGCGCUACUUUCUCUUCUCUUUUCAGAAAUAUCUUGGCGCAAUUUUUUGGAUAUUUCCCUUGGUUUGGGCUCAACACAUUUGGAAAAGGAUGGAGAAAGAAAAAGUAUGAGCACUGAAAGAACAUUCAGUGAAAUAAACGCAGCAGAAGACCAGUACAGUCUAUGUCGAGAGCUCUGCAGAGACCUUGCUCAAGAGUUACAGAAGGAGGGACUCAAGGGUAGAACUGUUACAUUGAAGUUAAAGAAUGUGAACUUCGAAGUUAAAACAAGGGCUUCAACUGUGCUGUCCUCUGUUUCUACUGAGGAGGAAAUAUUUACUGUUGCUAAAGAUUUGUUAGGAACAGAAAUUGAUAGUGUUGCUCCUCACCCUCUACGGAUAAGACUUAUGGGUGUACGAGUAUCGGGAUUUCUAACUGAAGAAGAAAAGAAAUACCAACAAAAAAGCAUUACAAGUUUCUUAAAAUCAGGAAAAGAAAUUGGUGUCCUUAGGAUUGAGACAGAGAAGUCCAACCAAGAGUAUUUCACAAAAAAAUCAGAAGCACCUCAUAGAGGGAGUUUUUUUGAUCAAAAACGAGCAGCAAGACAACAAAACAGUGAGAAUAUUUCUCCAAAUGAAAGCAGAAGUAAGCAGCCCUUUCAUGAUGAUAAAUCAUCAGCAAAUUUUAUGGGAGAAACAAAGAAAGUCACAGAUUUACAGGAUUCUAAUGUUUGUAAGAGCUUCACCUGUCCUGUUUGCUUUGAGAAGCAAAGCAGCAAUAAUUUGGAAGAGCUUAAUAGACACAUUGAUGAGUGCCUCAAUGGGAUGUGUCUUAAAGAUACUGUGGAAAUAUCCAAGAAUGACAGUUCAAGAGAAAAUACACCUAACUUUCUUCCACAGUUUAAAAAUGAAUACAUUGAUAAAUGUCAAAAAAGUCAAACAGAUCAGUUAGCAGGAACAGUCCAGUCUGCAAGUGUAUCUGACAGCUCUACUAACAAUAGCACUGAAAAUUUUGGUCAGAUAAUACCUGAUAAAUCUUCCAGAGAACGACAGCCUAGUAAUCUCAGUGACAUUGCUAGAAAUGUGUGUAUGAAGCAGUGUCUCUUGCCCAAAAGAAUAUCACAAGACAAUGAAGACAAUUUUGACAAGACUGAACAUACAGAAGGAACUAGUUCAUCCUGUUUCUUUGAAGCCAAAGAAGACAAUGUUCUUGUUUGUCCAGUUUGUAAUUUAGAACAGAAAACCACCAGUCUUGUGUCAUUUAACAGACACGUGGAUGUCUGCUUAAAUAAAGGCCUUAUCCAGGAGCUGACAGAAAAAGAGGAUUUUCCUACUAAGACUUAUAAUAUGGAAUACUCAAACAGAGUUUUCUCUGGAGGUUUAAGCAAAGGACAGCAGUGCACAAAUCCAUCACAAGGUACAAAAAGGUCUGGACUAACAGCUUCACAGUCAGUAUCAAAAAAGGCCAAGUCAAGCAAUUCCAAACGUACAAUCAAAAUGUUUUUUAAAUGACUGUGUAACAACAUGUUCUGUAUGAAUUAUUUCAUAGAGUUUUAGGACUGCAAGUUAAUUUAGCAUUGGCAAUAGGCUGGAUUCAGGUGCCUGUCGUUUUGGAACAAUUACAUAUCUGUAUAACAAAAACAUGAUGUCUCAGAUAGAAGAAGAGGUAAAAUGAAGGCUCCUCUUGCUCUUCCUCUUGCUCUUCCUCUUGCUCUUCCUCUUGCUCUUCCUCUUGCUCUUCCUCUUGCUCUUCCUCUGGCUUUUCCUCUGGCUUUUCCUCUGGCUCUUGCUCUGGCUCUUGCUCUGGCUCUUGCUCUGGCUCUUGCUCUGGCUCUUGCUCUGGCUCUUGCUCUGGCUCUUGCUCUGGCCCUUCCCCUUCCCCUUCCCCUUCCCCUUCCUUUUCCCACUUGUUUCCAAGAAUCAGAAUUUGCUGGCACUUUAAUUUAGCUCCCUGGAACACAGGAGUCAUAGCUAGGGUGUCCCACUGUACUUGCUGAAGGCCCUCUUCCCACUCCUGAACUUCAGUCUUCUCUGUUGAUUUUAUUGUAAAAAUAAAAUAAGGAGACUAACUGUGUGAUAGCAAAGAAGAGUUGAAUUGCUUGAUUUCAGCUAACAGAUGUCUGUCUUCAGAGUGGACACAAAACUGUAUUAGUCUCACAGUUACCCAAGAUAAGAACAAGAACUUGAAGCACUAUCAAGCUUUCAUUGUUGCUACUGAAAAUUACUUCAGUAAGAGUUGAUUGACCAGAUCUGAAGGACUCGUGGUGAGAUAAACAACGACUUCACUUAUUUUAAAAAAUGUUAAAAAAUCUGUUGAUUGAGAGAAGGAUUCCUCCAGUAUACUCAGACAAAUGCUGCUUGAUCUUCAGCCUUCCAAAGAGACUAAAAACUUCUUUACAGUUUGAAAGUAUUACCAGUGAGUAGCACUAAAUUUACGCUACAUAAAAGGUUUCAUGGUGCAAUAAUAAUGAAUUAAGGUGCAAAUACAAGAUAAUGAACCUUCUUAUUUUUUCGCUAUCUUUCUUUUUAAAAUUAUUUUGUAUUUCUGAAUAAAGUGUAUUCUGUGAGUGCAUACCUAGAAAGAGGAAGUUAAGUGCAAAUAUUUAAAAUGCUCUGUUUAAAUUUUUUCUGUUCACACCAAAUUCUUUAAAGACAUUUUAUUAUAAUUAAAUAUUUAUCAGACAAAUAAUUUAUUAUAACAGCAUAUUUCUUAGAAGUUAUACAAACAGUGCCAAGCCCUGUAUGAAAUAUAAAUUGCUUUUUAACUGUAGUCUUUUAAAGAAGUGGCUGAACCGGCACCGGCUGACCUCUCUACACCAGUUGUAGAAACAUCUAUUUUGUUGUUCAACUUUAUUGGGAUUUGCUUGCUUUUUAAAGCAACAAAUGUAUACAUGGUAUGUCUUAGAUGCCCAAGUGCAGUUCAGAAAAUGCUUUCCCAUUUCCAGAACUGCUGGAAUGGUUACACCAUCUGUACCUGCUUGUCUGUUUGUUUGUCAGAUGCUGCUGUACCCACAGCCCUGUCAUUUGAAUUCAUGUCACUGCUCCCUUAUCUGCUUUGGUCCAAAUCAGCUGGACUAAUUCAGACUGUAAAUUGAUUCAGUCAACUUUUUCAAAACUGGGUCAGUGAGCACACAGCAUGAGCUGUUCUGUUGACAGAUGUGGGAAUUGUUGGUAUGGAAUACAUAAAAGUAACUGAGGGAACAAAAGGCUGCCACAGCUGUUUAGAAAGUGAACACCUAUCCCUUUUUUAGUUUGUAUCUCUGAUUCAAUAAAGUGUAAAAUCUAACUAUUGUCUUGUUAUUGUAUGUGUAUCUAUAAAACGUCUAUUUUUACAUAAGCAUUACAUAGCAAAAAGUACUCUACUCUUAAGUACUUGAAAAAAAUAAGUUAGUUGUCUUCACCUCAAAAGCCUCCUUGCUGUCUGUUUAAAAAGGAAGUGUCAUAGAGUUAUCCUAGUGUCAUGAAAAGGUUGUGGAUGUGUCAGAUAAUUGUGCAAAUAAAACUCAUAAUAUGGUUGUAAAUUAUUUAUUAC